CCAGCGCGUUCUCAGCGGCUCCGGGUUCAGACCCAACGUAGGAGCCGCGAGAGAAGUUCACCAUCCCAGGGCGGACAGGACUCCGGGGCCGCUGAGCGCUCCCGCGUGUCGGGCGCUCCGAGUCCCCGCAGCCGGAGAGGGGCCAGGACUCUUGAGCUCCGGGGGUGCCUGUGGAAUCCAGCGCCGCAGGCUUCCCGGGUCCCCCGCAACGGGAGCCCCAGAGACGCGCUCAGCCCCGGGACCGCCGCGGAAUAAGAUCGAGACUGAGAACAUACAGCUACCGCGGCCAUGGGCAGCAAAACCUUGCCAGCACCGGUGCCCAUCCACCCAUCCCUGCAGCUCACCAACUACUCCUUUCUUCAGGCAGUGAAUGGCCUGCCCACGGUGCCCUCGGACCACCUGCCCAACCUGUACGGUUUCAGUGCGCUGCAUGCCGUGCACCUGCACCAGUGGACGCUGGGCUACCCUGCCAUGCACUUGCCACGGUCCUCUUUCUCCAAAGUGCCCGGCGCCGUGUCCAGCCUAGUGGACGCGCGCUUCCAGCUGCCCGCCUUCCCCUGGUUCCCUCAUGUCAUCCAGCCCAAGCCCGAGAUCACCGCUGGAAGCAGCGGCCCCGCGGCGCUCAAGACCAAGCCGCGCUUUGAUUUUGCCAACCUGGCCUUGGCCGCCACGCAAGAAGAUCCGUCCAAGCUUGGCCGCGGGGAGGGCCCCGGGUCCCCCGCCGGUGGGCUGGGCGCCCUCCUGGAUGUGACCAAGCUGUCCCCAGAAAAGAAGCCCACGAGGGGACGCCUGCCUUCCAAAACCAAGAAGGAGUUUGUCUGCAAAUUCUGUGGCCGCCACUUCACUAAGUCUUACAACCUCCUUAUUCAUGAGCGGACGCACACGGACGAGCGGCCCUACACUUGCGACAUCUGCCACAAAGCCUUCCGGAGGCAAGACCACCUACGAGACCACAGAUAUAUUCACUCCAAAGAGAAGCCUUUCAAGUGUCAAGAAUGCGGGAAAGGAUUCUGCCAGUCCAGGACUCUCGCUGUCCACAAGACGCUACACUCACAGGUGAAGGAGCUCAAAACCUCCAAGAUCAAAUGCUAAAUAGAACCUCCGGGGCACCAGGACCCUGGGUCAUGCCGCCCCCUCUUCCAGAGGGACCAGAAGCCGAAGGCGACUCUGGCGGACAGCGGGAGGGGCUCCCGGGACCUUCCCCCAUCCCAAACACGGUCCCCCGGGUUCCGGGCGCACGCAGAACUCCAGAGCCCCGCCCCGGGCCGUGACCCCGGCCGCCCGGGCGGCUCCCCCAGGACGCGGCUAAACUCUUGGCCAAAAGGCGGUACUCACGUGGCGGAAGGGAAACUGCGUUAAAAAAAGAACGAAAGCUUCGCGGAGCCUCAGCGGCACCUCUCCCAGAAGUAUUACUUUUUCUAUUAUUAUUUUAUACGUUUUCUUUAUUUUUUUUUUUCUUUGAUGAUAUAAGCUUGUAACUCUGACUGCGGAGAGAGAGGGGAGAGGAAGAGAAGUUCUGUGCUCUCGCAGCUUCCAACCCCUCCUCCCGCCCCAUCCCCACCCCCGGGAGCCUGCAAAAGUGUAAUCCCUGUAUCUGCUUCAGCCACCCGGCCCCGGCGUCGCGGGGCCGGGGAGCGCCCCUCCCAGCUCCUGCCGCGCAGCGGGCGCUGGGCUCCCGGACUCGGACGGCUGGGCGGGGACCUCGGGCCCUGGGGCUGGAGGGGGCCCGGCCUCCGACUCCCUUGCUCCGCUGCACCAUCACCGCGAGCGAGCAGAAGGCUAGGAGCAGGGCGAUGUAUUGCGAUUGGCACUUUAUGCUGACCAUCGGUAACGGACAUUUAUCACUGGAGUUUUUAAAAAUAUUAAAUAAACGGUUAUUUUA